UUGUGGCUUCCUCCAAUAGUUCCUUCCCCAAACACCAUGGGCGCUUUCGCUGUUCCUGCAGUCAUUUUCGGGUUAGUUUGUGCUGUAACGUUCACAAUAGGGUUUUCAAAAGAGAAUGUUUUUAACGUCAUGAGCUAUGGAGCUGUGGAAGGCACCACUAGAGAUAGUUCUCACGCAAUACUAAAAGCAUGGAAAGCAGCAUGUAGCUCUAAAACAGAAAGUUCUACAGUGCUAAUUCCCAAGAGGCAUACACUUCUAGUAAAACCAAUUGUUUUGAGAGGUCCAUGCAGGGCAAACAGCAUCACUUUCAUGAUACAUGGAGAGAUUGUGGCACCAACCUCACCAGGCGAAUGGACGCGGACUGACCAGAGCCAGUGGCUGGCUUUUGAAGGGGUAAGCAGGCUCAAUGUCACUGGCACCGGCAUUGGCAAAAUAGAUGGAAGAGGUACAAGAUGGUGGAGCCAAUCAUGUAGGGAUCACCCAGACUUGAAGGGUUGCACCUCAUUAGCACCUACUGCAAUGAAGAUUAUUUCAUGCAACAACACCAGCUUGAGCAACAUUCACUUUAUUAACAGCUCACAAACACAUGUACUAAUAAUGGGGAGCAAGAGAGUCGAAAUUAAAAAUUUGGUAAUCACAGCUCCAGAAAGCAGCCCAAACACUGAUGGCAUUCACAUUCAUUCCUCUCACAAUGUUAUUAUAAAGAACACAACAAUAGGCACAGGUGAUGAUUGUGUAUCUAUAGGAGAUUACACCUCUAACGUGAAUAUCUCACACAUCAGAUGUGGACCUGGUCAUGGAAUAAGCAUUGGAAGCUUGGGAAGAAGCGGCAAUUUUGUACAAGUAGAGGAUAUUAGAGUGAGUAAUGUCUACUUCAAAGGAACUACCAAUGGAGCUCGGAUUAAGACUUGGCAGAUUGGUAGGGGUAACAUCCGAAGGGUCACAUUUCAGAAUCUCUAUUUUGAAUCAGUCAAUAACCCCUUUAUUAUAGACCAAAACUACGGUAACCUAGGGGGACUCAGCAACGAAAAGCAAACCGGAGUUCAUAUAGCCAAUGUAUCCAUCAAUAACCUUUUCGGGACAUCAAUCAGCAAUGUGGCUAUCAAUCUCAAUUGCAGUAGGUCUGUUGCCUGCACUGGUAUACUGUUAAAGUCGAUACAGCUCAAAUCUGCAAAUAGUGGACAAAAGGUUACCUCAAGUUGCCUCAAUGCCCAUGGAUUUUCCUUUGGAGUGGUACAACCUGAACCCUGUCUUCAGAUAUAAAUUUGAUGGAGUCUUUGAAAAAAGUUUCUAUCCCACCCUAAUUAGCUAGCAGUUGAUGAAACUUGACCAUGAUCUUUUAGGC